ACAAGCUUAUGCUCACAUUUUGUGUGUGUGUGGGUUUGGAUGCAUAUUUUGUGAUUAGACUCAAUUUGGGAUCAUUGUACAUAAUUAAUUUCUAUGUAUUUUAUAGUGCCAAGUGAACCCGCUGCGAUAGUUAUUGAUGGAAAGUCAAUUGCAAAGCAAAUUAGAAAUGAACUUGCAGUUGAAGUAUCUAGGAUGAAAGAUGCACUUGGCAUAGUUCCAGGGUUGGCUGUCAUUUUAGUUGGUUCAAGACCCGAUUGUCAAACUUAUGUUCGAAAUAAGAAGAAAGCUUGUGAAGCUGCGGGCAUUACAUCUCAAGAGGUUCAUUUACCUGAAGAUUCUUCAGAAGCAGAAGUUCUCCCUGCUGUAUCACGUUUCAAUGUUGAUCCUACAGUUCAUGGCAUUCUUAUUCAACUUCCCCUUCCAAAGCAUAUGAACGAAGAGAAAGUUGUGAAUGCCGUUAGCAUUGAAAAAGAUGUAGAUGGCUUUAAUGAGUUGAACAUGGGGCGGCUUGCCAUGCAAGGCAGGGCACCAUUAUUUGUUCCAUGCACCCCCAAAGGUUGCAUAGAGUUGCUGACUCGGUCCGGCAUUAAGAUUGAAGGUAAACGAGCAGUACUUGUUGGCUGAAGCAAUAUUGUUGGAACCCCUGCUGCCCUUCUGUUACAGAGGCAUAGUGCAACUGUGAGCAUUGUGCACUCCAGGACCAAGAAUCCAGCAGAAAUCACAAGGGAGGCAGAUAUUGUCAUCGCGACUGUUGGAGUUGCAAACUUAGUGAGGGGCAACUGGAUAAAGCCUGGUGCUGCAGUGAUUGAUGUUGGGAUUAAAGCUGUGGAUGAUCCAACCAGUCAACGAGGAUAUCGGCUGCUGGGUGAUGUAUAUUAUGAAGAGGCAUGCAAGAUUGCUUCAGCUAUAGCUCCAGUUCCUGGAGGAGUGGGCCCGAUGACCAUUGCUAUGCUUCUAUCAAAUACCCUUUGACUCUGCAAAAAGUUUGCACAACUUCCAUUAAAGUGUGAUGGGUCUGCACGUAAAGUUUUCCGCGCUCUUGAGUGUAUUGUAACAUCGGUUUGCCUAUUUAAUGUUUGUUAUACAUCGAUACUGUUUUAAGUGUUCAGAAAUUCAGUUGAGAAAUAUAUGAAAAUGGUGAUCUGAAAAUUUUGUUGCGAAUUAAUUUGAAAUGAAA